AAUCUGCAGAAUCUCAAUAAAAUAUAAAAUGCAUAAACAUGAGCCAAAUAAUUGCUAGCUGUGGCCUGUGUGCACAUUAAUGCCUUCUAAAGAAAAUGACGAUUCUACCCUCCCCAGAACAGCAUCUUUGUGGUAAACUGACGAUUGUACCCCUGAAACGAGCUUCUUCGAAAUCGCAUAGCCUGCAAAAUCGAAUCAGCGAAAUCCAUCUUCAUUAUCUGUAUCUUAGUUGUCUCCCUCUCCCAUGGCCAUGGCCGCUCCUUCUCCGAAAACCCCAUUGACCUUCUUCAAUAUAUAUCCCCUCUCCCUCUCCCCUUUCUUCCUCGCAAACCCAAAUCCAAGCCCUAAUUCUUCUUUAUUUAUUUCCCAUCGCACGCAGUUUCUGAAAUUGAGAUUCCGAUGGCGGCCGCAGGCGCAAACCAAGUCCCCGAGUCCGGGUUCCACGACUGGCUGCCGACGAUGGCGGCGAGGCUGGGCGGCGAGGGCUUGAUCGGCGAGCUCUGCAGCGGAUUCAGCCUUCUGAUGGACAGAGAGAAGGGGGUGAUCGAUUUCGAGAGCCUGAAGAGGAACGCGGCGGCGCUGGGGCUGGGGGAUCUGACGGACGAGGAUCUCAGAGGGAUGUUGAGGGAGGGGGAUUUCGACGGCGAUGGCGCUCUCAAUCAGAUGGAGUUUUGUGUUCUUAUGUUCCGAUUGAGCCCCGAGUUGAUGGACGAGUCACUGUUUUGCCUCGACCAGGCCCUCACCCACGAGUUUAGGGAUUUUUGUUAAUUGAUUGAUUGUAAUUACUCAUUUUCUUCACUUGAUUUUAGUGCAUUAAUAUACUUAGAUGAAAAAAAUAAAAAAAAAAAGGGAAAUGAUUUGACGAUU